AUGAGGGCCCCCCCAAAGUUUGACGGCAGUGAUAACGGAUUGAUUAACGGCCCUCGUUCGACCCCAUUGAGAAUCCACCGUCAUUCUCACGCCAUCCACAAAUCCUCUUCCUUACCCGCCCUUUCACUCUCUCCCGCCAAGCCCAAGCCCAAGCCCGUGAUAAUCUACACAAAGUCCCCAAAGAUUAUCCACACGCACGCCCACGAUUUUAUGGCUCUCGUCCAGAAGCUCACGGGCCUCCACCGGGCCGAGGAUGACCAAUCGGACAACAAGGAUUGUGCCAAUAAUAAUAAGAAUAUAUUCAAAGGGGGUGUUUGCAAUUAUGAAAAUUCCGGAUAUGAUGACGAGAAGGAUAAUAGUAAAAGUAAUGAUAAUAGUAUGAUUAAUAAUAGCCCAUACUUGACGGACGUGACGUAUUUAAACCCGAGCUCUAGCGAUUUAUUUUGUUCGUCAAUGUCAAGGAUUAGCCCGAUGAUUCAAGGGCCUGGCCCAAUAACUCCAUCGUUGAUGGAUUACGUGAAAUGGUUACCGGAUUAUUGA